AUGAAAUUGAACCUCUUUCUUUUCUUCAGCGGACUUGGUCUUGUCUCCUCGCAAAAUGCGCACCAAGGACGCAAAACUAUCAAAGCUAUAAACUGCAAUGACAACUCCAGAGCGCCUCGCUGUCAGGUUGAACUUGAGAUCGAUGUCGAGUCCAACGAUGACAUUGACUUCACUUUGCCCAAUGGUAAGAAAAUCUCUUAUAAGAAGAAACCCAGCAAAGUCGAAGGUUGGGCUGGAGAGUCCCCGGCUGGUGGCGCAGCGAACAUUAUCAGCAGCGACAAUGGCUUCUUUGGUUCUCUUGUGGACAUGGAAGACGGAGCAUGGACUGUCUGCCAGUUGAGACGGGAUUUCGCUGGCAGCCAGGUGAUUGAUUGCAAACCAGGCAGCGACUAUCCUGAUUCUGAAGAUUCUGAAGAUGCGGAAGUAGAAGUCUCUCCAGCUAGCCGCAUGUUAACUGACAACAACAAGGUCCGGCAGGUUUUACAGGAAGGGCGAUCUCUACAAAUCACACCCGUCAUUGAUAUUAUGGUUUUAUGGACUAGGGAUGCUGAAUGCAAUGCGUCUGGCAUGGCCGGAGGAUGCACUACUACUUCCACCACGGAGCAAAACAUGCGAGGCCUAAUUAAUUUGGCAUUUUCGGAAACAAACACUGCCUUUACUAACUCUGGCAUUAAUGCCGAGGUUCGUCUGGUUCAUGCCUAUAGAACGAGCUAUACCGAGGAUAGUGUCGCACCUAAUGCUUUUGUACCAGCUCUAAAUGCUCUAGAAGCAGGUAUUGACGAUGGUAUGACGAACUCGAUUGCCUUGCGGGACGAGAAAUGCGCCGAUGCAGUUGCCAUGAUCAUUGAGGACGACACUCGCAUUUGUGGGCUUGCACGUCGCAGAACAAGUUCCCCCUACAUUCUUCCAAUAAAUAAAAUGGUUUCUAUCACACGUUGGGAUUGCGCCACGGGAGUCUAUACCUUUGCUCACGAGUUGGGCCACAAUUUCGGCUGCAUACAUGACAGGGGAGCUGAGAGCUCAUGUGAUACAUCCGCGUUUUCCAACACCAACUUUGCGUACCAAGAACCCACUGCAGAGUUCCGUACCAUCGUGUCAACUAACUGUGAUUCUGAUCGAUGCGGCAGCAAUCCUUUGAGCGCCUGCGCCAGGAUUCAAUACUUCUCCAAUUCUGGUUUUGCCAGUUUUGGCGGCAAAGCUACUGGGAAUGCGAACAAUAAUAAUGCUGCGCAAAUCAACAAUGCAGCUCCCAUUGUUGCAGACUACAACACUUGUGCCCCGUCUGCAGCUCCCAGUGAUGCUCCAAGUGGUGCUCCAAGUGAAAGCUUUAAGCCCAGUGCUGUUCCAAGUGAAAGUAUUGCACCAAGUGGUUCUCCAAGUGAAAGCAAUUCUCCCAGCGGUGCUCCAAGUCAAAGCUUUAAGCCCAGUGCUGUUCCAAGUGAAAGCAUGUCUCCCAGUUCUGUUCCGAGUAAGAGCAUUUCUCCCAGCGGUGCUCCAAGUGAAAGUAUUGCACCAAGUGGUUCUCCAAGUGAAAGCAUGUCUCCCAGUUCUGUUCCAAGUCAAAGCUUUAAGCCCAGUAGCUCUACGACUGAAAGCAUGUCUCCCAGUUCUGUUCCGAGUAAGAGCAGUUCUCCCAGUGCUGCUCCAUCCGAAAGUAUGGCACCAAGUGGCUCCCCAAGUGAAAGCAAUUCUCCCAGUUCAAAUCCGAGUGAGAGCAUUUCGCCCAGUGCUUUUCCAAGUGAAAGCGAAUCUCCCAGUGUUGUUCCCACUGGAUCUGAACAACCAAGCUUGAGCAAAUCUCCCAGUACAGCUCCGAGUGGAAGUAGUUCACCCAGUGGUGCUCCAACUAUGAACCUAGUUGCAAGCGCAGCUCCAAGCAAAACACCACCAUUGUCCGCUGCUGGUGGUGGUGGCGGCGGCGGCGGCGGAGGUGGAAACAAGCCAAGAGGGCCUUGGGGGAGCGAUCCAAACCAAAUAAAGUCGCCCGCUCCUUCUAUUGGGUCACCAUCCGAGUCGCCUUCUACCGCUCCUUCAUCCACAACAGGAAGAGGAGGAGAAGAAGGAGGAGAAGUCCUAGCCCCGCCACCAACAAUGAACCAGGCCAGACCGGCCAAAGCUCCCAAGAUGAACAAAAAAGCAAAAUCUCCAGGAAGCAAUAAACGUGCCAAGAAGCUGCAGGAAUCCAGAAAGGGAGCAAAGAGAAGAUUCUAA